AUGGAACAGAAUCUAGUCAGAAAUAGAGGAGACAGGGAUAGAAGAAAGUCUGAUUCUGAAUCAUCUUCAGCAUCAUCAGAUUCUGAAUCAGAAUUAGAAGAAGAUGCCAUUCCUCGCCAAAAGAGUGAGAUUAUAGAACGGAAAGUAUCUGGUGAUGAACAUUAUUCUGGAAGAAGUAAUAAUAGGAAAGGGAAAGAAGAUGUCAGAAUAGAGGAAAGGCGUAGACAAAUUAGUAUUUCUACCGAUGACUCAACUAGUGAGGAGGAGGAAGAAGAGGAGGAGGAGGGAGAAGAAGAGGAGGAAGAGGAUGAUGACGAUGAAGAAGAAUCCAGCAGCAGUGAGAAUGAUAAAGCACCUGCUAAAAAAAAUACAAAAGCUAAGAAAGUGGAUUCAGACACUAGUGGCAGCAGUAGUAGCAGCAGCAGCAGUGAUGACUCCAGUGAUAGUAGCGGCGGUAGUUCUAGUGAUGAGUCAAGUGACAGUUCAAGUGGAAGUUCAAGUGAUGAAGACUCGGGUGAAGAAUCAAGCAAAGAAAAAAGAUCCACAAUAAAACCUCUUCAGUAUAGGGACCAAUCCAAAGAAAGAGAGACUGUUACAAGGAACAAUAAAAGACAAAUGUCAAGUGAUUCAGAAAAUGAAUAUGAUAACAGAGUGUCUCAACCAGCAAAAGUUUAUAGAAGCUAUCAUGAGGAACCACAAUAUAAUAUAGUGGAUCCGUGGGAACGAGGUAGAAGAGAUAGGACAAGAGAAAGUGAGGUAAUCAGGGGAAGGUAUGAAGAGUACUACAAUGAAAGAGACAACUCUAGGCUACUUGAUUAUAGGGAUUAUGACAGAAGGAAAGACGCUAGGUAUGAUGAACGUGAAUAUGAUAGACAGCGAUAUGAAGAUUACUAUGAUGAUAGAUAUCGGGAUACAAGAAGAAGAGAUGUGUAUGCUGAUAGACGAAGGGAAAGGGGAGGGGGUUACUAUGAUAGAAGGUAG